GGGAGGAGGGGGGAAGCGGCGGUAGGUUCAUGGUGUCGGGCUGCCGUCUCGGUGGCCGCUCUUUCUUUUCGGCCACUUGAAGAGCCGCCAGGCCAGCUGUCGCUGUUGCCGCUUCUGUCGCGAUGGGGGCGCAGGACCGGCCUCAGUGCCACUUCGACAUCGAGAUCAACCGUGAGCCGGUUGGUCGUAUUAUGUUUCAGCUCUUCUCAGACAUUUGUCCAAAGACAUGCAAAAAUUUCCUUUGCUUAUGCUCAGGUGAAAAAGGUCUUGGGAAAACAACUGGAAAGAAGUUAUGUUACAAAGGGUCUACGUUCCAUCGUGUGGUUAAAAACUUUAUGAUUCAGGGUGGGGACUUCAGUGAAGGUAAUGGAAAAGGAGGAGAAUCAAUUUAUGGUGGCUAUUUUAAAGAUGAAAACUUUGUUCUCAAACAUGACAGAGCGUUCCUUUUGUCAAUGGCAAAUCGAGGGAAACAUACCAAUGGUUCCCAGUUUUUCAUAACCACAAAGCCCGCACCACACCUGGAUGGUGUACAUGUUGUCUUUGGAUUGGUUAUUUCUGGUUUUGAAGUGAUUGAACAAAUUGAAAAUCUGAAAACUGAUGCAGCAAGCCGACCAUAUGCAGAUGUACGAGUUAUUGACUGUGGGGUGCUUGUUACAAAAUCAGCAAAAGAUGCUGUGGAGAAAAAGCGGAAGUUAUCAACUCAUUCAGAAGACUCAGAUUCUUCCUCCAAUUCAUCCUCCUCUUCAGAAUCAUCUUCUGACAGUGAAGCUGAAAAUGAGAGAAGUAGAAGAAGAAAACACAAGCGGAGACUCAAAGUGAAACGUUCUAAAAAGAGACGAAAAGAGGAGAGUAAUAAGCAAGAAGAGCAGAGGAUUAAACAGUCAUCAGACCAGAGAGGUCACUCUGAGAGGAGUGAUACAAGUGAAAAAAGAGUGGAUUUAAAUACCAAAAGGGAAAAGCCAGUAGUUCGUCCAGAAGAGAUCCCUCCAGUACCUGAAAAUCGAUUCUUAUUAAGAAGAGAUAUGCCAGUUGUCACUGUGGAACCUGAGCCGAAACUUCCCGAUGUUACACCCAUUUUAAGUGAUCAGAAGCCAUCUGUAUCAAAAUCAGGACGGAAAAUUAAAGGACGGGGCACAAUACGGUAUCAUACACCACCUCGAUCAAGGUCUUGUUCUGAGUCAGAUGAUGAUGAAAGCAGUGAAACGCCUCCUCACUGGAAGGAAGAAAUGCAGAGGUUAAGAGCAUACAGACCACCCAGUGGAGAAAAAUGGAGUAAAGGCGAUAAGUUAAGUGACCCAUGUUCAAGCCGGUGGGAUGAAAGAAGCUUGUCUCAAAGAUCAAGAUCAUGGUCAUAUAAUGGCUAUUAUUCUGACCUUAGUACAGUAAGACAUUCUGACAGUCAUCACAAAAAACACAGAAAAGAGAAAAAAGUAAAACAUAAAAAGAAAGCUAAAAAGCAGAAACACUGCAAGAGACACAAACCAACCAAGAAAAAGAAAAUCUCUCAACUUUCAAAUGUUGAAUCCUCCAGAUCUUCAAUCCAGCAAAUGAAAUCUCCUUGUGAUCGAGAAAGGAGAUCUCAUUCGUCAUCAUCAUCCCAGCACUCAUCUAAGAGGGGCUGGUCUAAAUCUGACAAGGAUGAGCAAAGCUCUUCAACCCAGUAUAGCAGAGAUUCUCAUUCAUACUACAGAUCAAAAUCCCAAUCUCGUUCAUAUUCCAAAGGAAGCUCUAGGUCAAGGACAGCAUCAAAGUCCUCAUCACUUUCUCAAAGUAGGUCAAAGUCCAGAUCCAAUUCCAAGUCCAGAUGUCAGAGGACAACAUCUAAAUCCCCCAGAAGUACAGCCUCUCGAUUAAAUGAAAAUAAACCAAUCAAAACAGAGCCCAUAAGAGCAGCAGUGCCACCAAAUGACAAGGUUGUUGUGCAGCCAAUAGUAGCUGAAAGUAUUCCUGUAAUACCUUUAAGUGAUAGUCCUCCACCUUCACGAUGGAAACCUGGACAGAAGCCCUGGAAGCCCUCUUAUGAACGAAUUCAAGAAAUGAAGGCUAAGACAACACAUUUACUUCCUCCCCCAAACACGUACAGUUUAACAAAUGUAAAAGAGCCCAGUAUUUCAUCGUCUUAUCGUAAGAGGGAAAAGAGUUCAGAUAGCGAUUGGAGUGGUUAUUCAAAAUAUCAUAGUGAUAGAAGUUCAGAGAGUUCACCAAGAUCAAGAAGCAGAUCUUCCAGAAGUAGGUCUUAUUCAAGAUCAUACACAAGAUCAGGGAGUCCAGCUAGCUCACAUUCAAGGUCUCAGUCUCUAUCAACUCCUAGAUCCCAUUCACGAGGCAAAUACAGUGAUAGAUCCAGAUAUAGUAGGUCAUCUUCAUAUUCUGUUAGCAGUGAUGAUGGAAGACGAACGAAAAGAAAAUCUAGAGCCAAUGAGAAGAAUAUUAUUGAUUCAAAGAAAAGACAGGUCUGUAGCUCUGAAAGAACACUUAACAAUAAGUAUGUCAAAGGUGGAGAUGAGUCCUCACGAAAGAGAAAAGAUAGUGAAAGCAAGUCUUCUUUAGACUAUUCUUCAGAUAGUGAACAAUCAUUUGUGAAAGUUACACAGCCAAACCUAGAAAGAGAGAAACAUGGCCAAGGAGAAGGUACCAAUAAUAAGAAACAGGAAAAAAGUGCAUCUAAUAACAGAGAUGAAGAGAAAUCAAAGUCUGAAUGGGAUAGUGAUCAUUCCAAAAAGAAGGUGUUAAAUGAGAGUUCCUCUGACUAUCUUCUUAAUGGAGAAAAAUCCAAAAGGAAGAAUUAUGCUGGCAGCAGAUGGGACUCUGAGUCCAAUUCAGAGCGAGAAGUAAACAAGAGUAAAGAAGAUUCUAGGCCAGUUUCUGAUAAAGAGGAAGGAGAGGCUACAUCAGAAUCUGAUGUAGAGUUUGUGGGGACCUUCACGAAGGCCAAACCCGCGCCAAAAUCUUCCGAAAGCAUCCUUAUUUCAGAUAGUGAGAGUGCUUGGAAGCCAAGCAAACAGCACCUAUCACCUUCCAUUUCAGAGAGCUCCCACUCCAAUUCUGAAAACCAUCGAGGAAAAUCAAAGAAACACAAACACAGAUCAGAGAAGAAUGUUAAAAAAGAACACACUAAAAAGUUGAAAGAGAAAUCCAAAGGAAAAAAAGAGAAAAAACACAAGGUUCAGAAACGAAAGGAAACCUUUCAUUGGCAACCCCCACUGGAAUUUGGUGAAGAGGAGGAGGAAGAAAUUAAUGAAAACCAAGUUACCAAGGACAUAAAGGGGAAAAAACAAGAUCUUGAAAACAGUGAAAUUAUCAAAGAUAAGAAUAUGAAAACUGAGAAACUCUGUGGUGACAGCAGCCACUCAGGCAAACAUAAUGUGAUUAACACUUCAGCAGAUUCUAAUCCAUUCUCUAAAGACAAUGGUAAACCCAAUGCUUCCACCAGCGUUUUAAAUGCAGAAAAAAGUGUAUCCACUUCCCAAAAAAAUAAUCAGCAUGUUGAUGAAACCAUUCGAAGUGGAAUAGAAGAUGUGGUGCAGACAGAUGAUAAUAUGGAGAUUUGUACUCCAGAACGCAACUCUCCUGUAAAGUUAGAGAUUUCCCCUCCAAGCAAUCUGAGUUUUGGUACUCCAGAUAUAAAUACUGCUCUAAACCAGGAUUUGCAGAAUGAGAAUCUGGAAACUGUGGUUAUUAAUCAAGAAAGCAGUAUGACUGAAAACAAGACCGUGAGUGAAGUAGGAAAGCAGGAAGGUAAUACUCUUGGAUUCGCCAGUACUGUUGAAAAUUCUGUUAAGUCAGACGUGAGUGAAAGAAGCCAGAGCAACAUAGUUGAUAAUAAAUGGAAGCCUUUGCAAGGCGUGAGUAAUCUGUCAUCAACUACAACUUCCGGUGCUAUGGAAAUUAAGACUUUACCUUCUGUACCUGACACAAAACCACAAGGCCUGCGCAUAGAAAUCAAAAGCAAAAACAAAGUUCGUCCUGGUUCUCUCUUUGAUGAGGUGAGAAAAACUGCACGGCUAAACCGGAGACCAAGAAAUCGAGAGAGCUCUAGUGAAGAGCAGACGCCCAGUCGAGAUGACAACAGCCAAUCCAGGAGUCCGAGUAGGUCCCGGAGCAAGUCUGAAACCAAGUCAAGACACAGAACAAGGUCCGUGUCCUCCAGUCAGUCAAGAAGUCGAUCUCGAAGUUCUACUUAUUCUUACCGUUCAAGAAGUUAUUCCAGAAGUCGGAGCAGAGGAUGGUACAGUAGAGAUCGAUCACGAAGUCGCAGUAGUUCUUAUCACAGUUAUAAAAGCCACAGGACAUAUAGCAGAAGCCGAUCCAGGAGCAGCUCUUAUGAUCAUCACAGUCGAUCCAGUAGGUCCUACACUUAUGACAGCUAUUACAGCAGAAGUCGCAGUAGAAGUAGGAGCAAAAGGAGUGACAGUUACCGACGAUCUCGGAGUUAUAAUAGGCGGUCUAGGAGUUGUAGAUCUUACGGCUCUGACAGUGAAAGUGACCGAAGCUAUUCUAAUCACCGAAGCCCCAGUGAAAGCAGCAGAUACAGCUGAGAAAAGUUCCCUUGGUGGUGCUGAUUAUAUUUCUAUUUGAAAAGUAUCAAAUAUGUGAAAAUUGUAAUGGCAGUCAAUCCACUGUUCUGUUCUUCAGUAUCAAAUGGAAACAAGGGAAACCAGAUCCCACUUAAUCAGUCUUGAGUUCUUUCAGUGGUGAACAGAAGUUUGAAAAGUACGCAGAUCUGUCACUUAAAGAGAUUUUACUUUUUGUCUACAUUUCACAGCAGCCAACUAUGAAAACCAAUUUUAUUUUCUCAAAUCAAGUUUUUUCCCAUCCACCAAAUUGUAUCUCUGUGUAAAUUUCAUGAUUACUUAAAGUGUAUACCAAAAUAUUCCUCAUGGAACUUUGGGCUUUGUGGUCUUUUGUUCACAUUUUAGUUUCUGGGCUGCCAAGAGUAGAACUGUGAAGGAGAACUGUCAAAGGCUGCCAUUUCUCUUUAUUAAACUGAUUGAAGUUUUAAAACUGUUUAUACACCGAUUCAGUGGUGUCUUGUACAUACAUACUCUCGGAAAUAAAACCACACAGAUUUAAUCCCAGUAGUAGCCAGGGAAUACAAAGUAAUGCCUCCAAGGUUCUUAAUUCAUUCCUUUCUUCUUUGCCGUCUCAAAGGUAUGAGAAAAAUGAUGAACUUAAAACAUCAUGUAGUCAUAAUUACUGUGAGCCAGGGGGUGAGUUUAAGAAUAGCGCCUUAACUGUAAAUAUCAUAUCCAAAUGCACCAUCCCUGAGAACUUAAUGUCUUAUCUGCUUUUAGAAAAAGACUAUUAUUAGGAGUUUAACCUGUUAAGAAAAAAGUUGCAUGUCAGUCCAUGCUGUGGUGCUUGGGUGCCCCUUGGUGCCUCCUUAAAAUGUUGGCCUUAUACACUGUACGUUACAAUUGCAGCAAAGGGGAAAAUGAAAUGUCUUUGCAACACAAUGGCAUUCUAAGUGGUUCCUUCUGGGACAUGGUCCCUUCACCAUUCUUACAAGUUUUGCUAUGUUCCAUAUGCUCCCUGGCAAUGCCGUUGUGCAUGUCGGUCUGACUGCCUAGACCUACUGAAUAGAAUUGGUGUGCCGGCUGAAAGCAUUCACAGAAGUAGGCUUCUCCAGUCAGUGCUUUAAAAAAGGAAACACCACCACAGUGAUUCAACCAGUCUAGAAAUACAUCUCUAUGUAGAACUUCUGUACUAAGGAGUGAAUUUCUGUGACUUUAAAAAUAAAACCCUCGCAUUUGUGAGUUGGCAUCGAUAAGUAAUGUUGCAACAGUGUGUUUUUUCAAGGCCUUCAUAACUUUCAAAACGGAAAAAGUUGAUGUUUUGAGGUAACCCCAUGCCCAUAUUUUUUAUAAACAGUAAAAUUGGUGUAAUUGAUUUGGUUUUUGGAUUUUUUUCCAGUUGUCCUUAAUUGCCAAUUCAGACUGAAAUGUAACAGAUGGAUAAUCCGAUGAGGCAUCCAUGGUACACUUGGCAGUUUAAAGAAAGGCUUCAAGUUAGAAAAGUCAGAGGUUUUGGAAAACUGUUGGUUACCCUGUCUUGAAAACCAUCCUAUUAUGGAAAAGUGUUUUUUAAAAAUUAUUUGACUUCCAAACUAGUAGAUAAAAUUUUAUUAGGAAAAAGACUUAAUCCAGACUACCAUGACCCUCUAGACAUUUCAUAUUAAGUGCACAACAGUGCCUGUGUCAUACCAAAAGUCUUCAGAAACUUUGUUGGGAAGAAGACAAACUAAGUACAACUCGGAGAAAUAACACAUUCAGAACAUCAGAGAGAAACUGCCAGAUCUAAUUAGGUAAAAGUAAAAGUUACUCUUGGGCUGGGACUUCCCUGUAUCUCUCAGCCCAGAGUGGAUUUUUAUCCUGAACUGAAGCAUUGCUUGUUUUCCUCCCUCACAAGGGACAACCCUUAGCUGCAGUGUUCAGCUCAUGUGUUUACUGAAGUGAAUUACAGAAAUAGCUUUUCUUCUUAAAGGACUUGUUCUGUAUUUUGGAAUUAUUUUUGAAUAAAAUUCAAUUAUGUUGUGUAUUGUGAUACUUAAUAGAAAGUGCAUCAUCGGGCUGUUUUUGUAAUGUCACCUUUACUAGAAAAGAAAUAUUUGGGAGCUGGUAGCAUUCAGAAAUGUAGAAGAUACUUUUGUACAUAUUGAAAACAACUGAUUUAUAUACAUUUCAUUAAAUUUCCCCUACUCCUUGAGGGGACCUUGUAGAAAUUAAAAAAAUACUUAACCUCAA